AUGCAGGAGGUCGGCACCGCGGCGCGUGGAGGCGGAGGCAGCAUCAGGAAGGAGCACGAUGAUGGUGAUAAGGACGCGUUCCACCAGAAGACGGUGCUGCAGGAGAAGAUCACUACCAUGAAAGCUGAGCACAGGGCGACGACGCAGAAGCUGGCGAAGUGCAGGCAGCAGCUCGAUAGAUACGAAGCCGGCCUCAAGGGCCUCCAGGAGCAGUUCGCCAGCAUCCGCCAGGAGAUCACCGAACAGCUAGAAGCGAUCACGGAGCGCGUGCUGCUGGAGGCUUGCGGUGAGCUGCCGACGGCGAAGGCGAAGCUGGUCAGCCUCACGGCGAAGGACCUCACCGCCUUCAAUAUCGACGAGGAUGAGCUGCCGGUGCAGGCACCUGAAGCUCAGGAGGCGCUGGCGGCGUUCAAGGCCAGUCCCCACUUCGCCAGGACCCAGCAGGCCUUGUGCAAGCAGGCGGUCCAGCUGGUAGAGUUCGCCAAGGAGGAUGUCGAGGCCCUCUGGGCCGUCCUCAGCCAGCAAGCGCAGCCAGCCUCGGAGUGGACCAAGGAGCAGCUCCAGACCGCCAUCGAGAGCGUCCAGCGCACUGGCGCCAUCAACUCCACGGUGGCCCACGGCCCGGAGAUGGUAGCGGGCUGGGCGCAACGCGCAGUGGUGGAAUUGCCCAACUGGCCGCGCAUCAACAUCUACAACCUCUACCUCCAUGCGGCAGGGGGGAUGAGCGCCCGCAACGCGAAUAUUAUCAUGGCGAUUGGGCUGGCGAUUGCAGGCCAGAUUCACCCGUGCAUCGUGGGGGGCGACUGGAACAUGGAGGCCCAGGAGCACGAGAGCGUCACGGAGACGGAGCUGCAGGCCAUCGCUGACGGAUGGAAGUGGCGUCAAGACAGUUUGCAAGGGCUGGUGGCUGCGCAUGAAGGCGGUCGCAAUGCAGCUCGGCAUCAAGUUUUCCAGGAUGAGGUGCAGGGCUUCCUAGGGAUGGACUACAUUGGCCAGAACCUGAGCGCGAGGCUGGAUGCCUCCGCCCAGCAGGGAAGGAGGCUACUCCAACACUCCCGCUGCAAGGGCGACCUCACCAGCCUCGUUGAGGAUUUCGACGAGGACAUCAAUUUCGCGAUGCAGCAGGCCAACAAGGAUUCCAACGGACGCUGGAAGGAGUGGUGCGACGGUGCGUGCGCGGGGGGAGCUGGCAAGUUCCAUCGACCCAACAAGGUCCGCAAAGUUCAGGCACCCACGACGGCCAAUGACGCGGAGCACGGCAUCACUGGCCACCCGCACUACGUCGUCAAGAACAUGGAGGACAAGCACGCAAAAUUAUGGAGGGCUGCGACGGAAGCCCCACAGGCCUGGAUCCCCGACCGCUCCACCUUGCAGCGACGGGCUCCAGCUGAGCUCCGCCACGCAGCAGGACACCGGUUGGUCAUGAUGCACUCGAUGGCGCGCCGAGUGUGGCAGCGCCAGCGGAAGCCCGCCCUACGUCAACUACAGAAGUCUCUGUGGCGACCGUACUGGGAAGCUGCGAAGAACAGGAGCGCGAUCGACAGCGCGUGGAUCCUGGCCGCGGACGCGGAGCAGAAUGCGGAAAGAGGCGACGGCCACGCAGACGUGGUCAUCGAGGCGCGCGCCCUGGAGCAGUAUGACCUCUACGUGACGCUCCAUCCCCUGGUCCGUUUCUCGUCCCACAUCGAUGACACCUCUCCCGGCCUCAACAGCGCCGCCAAGGAAGGAGUGAUAGAGCAGGCGGUCCAGGCGGGACAGGGUUUCCUCAGCACAGCGCGACACAUAGGUGCCCGCCUCAAUGAGGAGCUCGCGGUAGUCGCCAGCUCUGCGGACAUAGCACGGCCAGCAGCUACCUACGGCGCGGAGAUCAAUGGUCUUUCAGAUACGGCGCUGCACAGGACACCCUACUUCAUCGCCUACUCGAACGUACUCGACCUAAAGUUCUGCAGGCCCGAGAAGACGCUGAGGCCCCUGCUCACAUACUGGAGCAACUUCGGGGGCAUGGGGAUGAUCCUGGGUCUAGACAGCUGCGCCGCGCCAGAGUCAAUGGCGCGGAGCUACCUGCGCAAGGAUGAUGGCGGCAUGGAGGCGGCGAGCGACGGGUCCUGCACCAAGCCGUCUGCGCGGAAAUUCCAACGUGCAGGUCCACGCCGACUUCACGGGGGUCAUCAAGCUGGCAACAAGGGGAAGGAGCAGCAGCUCGUCAGCAAGACGUCAUACGCGUGCGUAGCCCGAUUCGCGCAGUCGCUUGAGGGUUCCCAGCGCGUCCAGCAAUGCCACCGUGUGAAGGCGCACAGGUCAGGCACUGACUACGAGGCGAUGGGCUACGAGCAGCGUCGGCUCACUGAUGACAACAAAGUUGUUGAUGUUAGGGCAAAGACGGCGACAUCCAUGCACCCGAGGCCUGAUGACGCCAUGGCCGAGGCCAUGGAGACGGCCGUCAGCAGGAUAGGCAAAGUCGCAAGGCUGGUGGCGAACGUGAUUCCGAUCUUCGAUAAGGGCGGCCAGCUGACAUGGACGAGGCGAACCCAGCACAUCGGCGCGCGGCUGGCACGUCACGAGCUAGUGGCGGUCAACCAGUGCGGGACACGGCUUGGAGACAGCAUCGGGAGCGCCAAGACUGUCUUCAUCUGCGUAAGGACCGACACGGUCACCAGCUGCACCUACACGAAAGCCGACAUCCUCAAGGACGGCGACGUGGUGCAGGAAGACCACCGCACAUUCGAGCACAGGAUGGCGGCCUUGCACCAGCAGGAUCAGUACGCAAGCAUGUUCGCGAAGGUGGAGGCGCCCUCCAGCGAGAGAUGCUGGAGGAGGCAAUGCCGCAACCUCUGCGCGGACGAGAAGCCGGUCAACGACCAGGAGAAGCACUUCGAGCAGUGCCAGUGA